AUGACGCAGCUGACCUUGCUCGAGGACCAGACGGUCGAGCAACUGAAGCAGAUGGGCUUCCCCGCCGCUGAUGCGGUCCGAGCUGUGCGGGUCAGUUGCCACGUUGCAUCGCCGUCGACGAGAUCGCAGUGAGCCAGUGAGCUGAUCAGCGGCCCGAGCCUGUCUCUGAACUUGCUCUACAGCGCAAGGGCACCAAGUUCGAGCAUGCUUUGGAUGCCCUUCUGAGUGGCGAAAACCUUGAAGAUGAUGCCGACAUCAUCGUUGAUACAUCAUCAUCACCCGCACCCGCACCCGCACCCGCACCCGCACCCGCACCAGCACCAGCACUGGCCGCAUCUGUUGCGACGACCACGACGACGACGGCCAAGCCGACCAGCGAUGAUCACCCUUACGCCGAUGCCGACGAGGACAGAUUGCCUCCUCCUUAUGGACCCAGCUCGGCAUCCUUUGGCCCUCGAGAUUACCAUGAAGCAAGACCCGCCUCGACCGCACUCGUCCCCCUCAAGUCUCGUAAGCGGUUCGGGCACGUGCCUCUCCUCCCCUCCCCCGCACUGACUCCGUCCUCCCCCUUGCAUAGCCCGAUCGAAGUGGUCCCCCGACAUUGACCUAACCCUCGACGAAGAGAACGACCCCAUCCAACCCCACGGCGAUUUCGACCCGCACCAACUCGCCGACGCGCUCGAACAAUCGACCAGAGGAGGACCGAGAUUCAGCCUCGGGCCCGCUUCGUCCUCUACUGCGACGCUCGGUCCGUCUUCGAACGAUGAGGACUCCGAUUAUCAGAGAGCGAUUGCGAUGAGCAUGCAGGAGGCUGGGAUGGCGAGUUCCAACCCGAAUAUGGUCACUUCCGUUGCGAUGGGCGCCGAUACCAACAUGAUCGGGCCCGAGGAACUGCGCAAGUCGGGUGCGGAGCCGACGCAGAACCUCGCGCUCGAAGCAGGCGACGAUGAUAUCGAAAAGGCCAUCUCGUUGAGCUUGGGCGAUCUGAGCGAUCAGAUGGGACCGGGCGGAGGACCCAUUGCGGCCAUCAAGCCAGAGCAUAGGAUCCGACAACCCGAUCAAGGGUCAGUCUCGGGAGGAGCUCGCUCAUUCGGAGCUCCCAGUCUGACCUCCGUCCGCCGUGGCUCCACAGACCCGUGAUCGUACGAUCGACCUCGGUGCUCCUCGGCCUCGUGUCGUCCUUCAUCCAAUGCCUCUACGCCGUUCCGACUUGGCGCAAAGCCGUGCUCGAGUUCAGGCCGAACCAACUCGACCUCGGAUGUUCCAAACCCUUGCAGGGCAUAUGGGAUGGCACCGAACCACCGGCUUUGGAGGGCGCGGCAAGGGAUGAGAAGGACCCGGUAUGGGGUCAGUUGGUGUUCAAUAAUUGGCGAGACUGUUGGCCUGGCUGAUCACAGGCUUACUCUCCCCACAGCUCUCAUCGCGAUCCAGCGCCUCUUUGCCCUGAUGCAAGAAACGAAGCGUUCCUUCCUCCACAUCACCGAAGCGACCCAAGUCCUCGACCCCAACGGCCUCCUCCUUCUACCCACCCGCAUCGAUGCAGUUGAAGACGUAUCGACCAUGAUCGAAGGGUUGAUCGACACCUUCCGAUUGUAUUCGACCCUCGACGCCAAGGCAUUACCAUUGGAUGAACAGCCAUUGGCUGUUCAAAAGGUAGUGCAGAGGUUCUCGUUGUCGGGCAAGACGUUCAAUAACAAUCCGGUGUCGCUUGCUGAGCCGCUGGACGAGAACAUGGCAUACCCGAUUGGGGAUAGUAUUGCCGUACGUGUACGAAAAUUAGCUUGCGUCGACGAAACCUACACUCACAACGACCAUCUCCCAAAAUCACAGAUUCUUCGGCUACGAGUCCCCACCUUCUUCGUCGGUGCCUCCACGCCUACGUUGUACCAGUUCAUCGACGUGAACCUCAACGAACUGCCCUUACCCUCGACAGGGAAACCCGCCUCGUUCAGCCUGAUCACGCAUUUCUCUCAAUCGCUUAUCGUACGACUGGAUCGUUAUGACGAAGGCAUCAUGUCCUUGGAUGACUUUGGCUCGUCCUCGAUUCAAGAGGCACUUUCCAAACACGGCGAGGCGAACGUGGGUCUAGGCGCCCCGAGGAAACGAAGUCGACGAGGCGUCAAGUUCGAAGAAACGCUUUGGUUGGAUCGUUACGAUGCUUCGAGGAGGCUUGAGAUUGCGGAAAAGAGAGCUAUGGUGUGCGAUUUGAGGAGGCAGGUGGACGAUUUGGAGAGGAUGAGGAACAGGUUGAGUAGCACUUUGGAGGGGAAGGAGGCGUUGGGGUUGAUCAGGGACACGAAGGAGUAUUUGGACAAGAACGAGGGAGAGGAGGAUGCGGGCGAUGUAGGAAAAGAGAGGAGGAGGAGAUUGAAGAUAGUCUAUGAGAAGAUUGAGCAAGAGCUACAGAAGAAGAUACGAGGGUGCGAUGAGGUCAUUGAGGAGUUGAGGGAGACGAUCGACGCAACGUUCGAUGGGGACGAGUGGAAGAGAAGGGGACCUUAUGAGUUGAAGGCCGUGUUGAUGAGGAAUGGUUUGAAUGGGAGGGGUAGUUCGUGGGCUGUGGUCAAGGAGAAGGGCAAGUGGUGGAGAAUCAAGGAUCUGCAGAAGGAAGAGGUAACUGGAAGGCUAAUGUCCCUGCUUUGAGCCAGAUCAUGGCUGAUUGCGGUAGUUCCCACCCACAGGUCUCGUUCGAGCAAGUCGUCUCUGAUCCGUCAGGUCUGAUGAUGAGCUCUGGCGCGACGUUCCUCUUUUACGAUAACCCCAAAUUUACACACGGCAACGACAGCUCCGGAGCCGACACCUCCAUCACGAUCCCUUCCUUCCUUCGUUUCCUCGUACUCCGAGACAACCACAGUUUCGCUUCCGAAUUACCGACCGAAAUUGUCGAUACGUGGACGCCGCCUCUCGAACCCUUGCCACCGACACCUCCCAUGGCGGAAGAAGAACCCUGGGUCGACCGACUCUCAGGCCCCGCGACGCCUCAGACGGAGCUUGCGACUCCUUCACCACCCCUCAGCGUGAGAGGCCCUCCCACCACGGCCGAAGACGUGAUCGAGAUCUUGCCCCCUACUGGGGCGGGUUUGACACCUUCUUCGCCUGCUGCUGUCGACCUUGCCAUUGAUGAUGAGGCACCUCCUUACGAGGACUCAACGAUGACGGACGACUUUAAGAACAUCGUCGAUUCGCCCAAAGCUACGGUGGCACGGGAGGCAUCGAUGUCUGCGGGUGCAUCGGUCAUGGCUGUUGAGGAGCAAGCCGAUGCACUGCGAUUACGGGGAGGUGCUGCGGAUGAUGUCGAGAUGGAGAGUGGAGAAGAGCAGGAAUAUUCCGAUGAUGAAGACUUUGACGACCACGACGAGGAAGUCGAAUUGGGUCUACUGCAACCCAUGUCGGCGCGGGAUAAGGAAUGGAACAUUGAUUUCGCGAUUGGGAAGGUCAGUGGGAAACCGGUGUGGUUGGAUCCUCGGUCCCCACUCGAAACGAGUCAGGUCGCAUGCCCCAGGUGUGGGAAGACGAUGGCGAUGUUGUUGCAGGUCAGUACCACUUCGCUGUUGGUCAGCCUUGGACGUGUGACUGAUCUCUCCAACCUUGGUGAUGAAGGUCAAUUCCCCCGACGACACCCGACCACAUGCCGCAGCCCGAUCACUCUUUGUCUUCGCGUGUCCAAGGAAGGAAUGCUCGAGCAAGGAUGCGGGCAAGGCGAUGAAGGUAUGGAGGGUGCAGAUGCCUAGUCCGAAUGUGUUUUAUCCGCAUACUGAGGAGACGCAGAAGAGAAGGAGGGAAUUGGGUGAGUGAGAUUCGACUUGGGGAAAGGCCUGAGAUAUGUGUGAUGUGGCUGACUUGUGGGAAUCAUGCGAUGGUUCCUGCAGAAGCUGCAUUGGACCCUACUACGGCUUUGGCGGGAUCGGUAGAUGCUGCGCCUUCCAUGUGGCCAGAGUGGGAUGUCAUAUGCGAGUCCGAACCUUAUGAGGAGUCCUACCUAGGUGAGUUGAGGGGACGUCCUUACGUUGCGAAUAUUUGUGCUUGCUCACCAUCGAUCUUUGAGAUGGAACAGAGUCGGAUCGAAAAGCCACCGAAGGCGCCGCCGAAGACGCCGACUUGCCCGACACCCAAUCCGGCGUCGACAAGGCGUUCCUCACAUUCCAAGAACGUGUCGAACGAGUGCCCAAGCAAGUACUGCGCUUCUAUCGAUUGCCGGGUGUGGAGGAUCCUCAGCCCUUAUGGGCGAACCAGGAGAAGGUCACGUCGGAUCAGGUACAGCCUUGUUCGUUGUGUGGGGCCAAACGACAGGUCGAAUUUCAGGUGAGUUGCGGACGUGAGCAACUAUCAGGAAAUGUCGUGCUGACAAGAGCUUGGGGUCUGAACUUAUACUCCCAGAUCCUCUCGACGCUACUCUCCUUCCUCAAAGACGACAACUUCUCCUUCGACUCCCUCCUCGUCUUCACCUGCGUCGAGAAUUGCGCUAUCCCCGACGCCGGACCGAACAAGAGCGGCUGGGCGGAAGAGGUGCUCAUCUCUCAGGACUUUGAUCAACACGGCGUUCGAUUCGGUCGUGCCGCUCCAGAGUAA